AUGAAGCUCCAAACCGUCCUCCUCCUCCUCGCCUCUGUCGUCUCUGUCCACUCCCAACUUGAAGGUGCGCCAGUGCUCAGUGAAUGCCUUGAGCUCAUCGAGAGUGGGGCUGCUCAAUCUGCCUCGAACCCGGACCUCGAAUUGCAAAAAUGCCUAGAGUGCACUCACGAAGCGGACAGAAAGUGCCUUUCAGACCCCACGGGUGAUCCUACGACCUUAUCGCAGCGUCUCACCGAGCACUCGCAGACCCGUUGCGGAGAGAUUGAGUGUGCGCAGAUCAUUUUCGGCACUGCGGAUGGGGCGACGAAGAGAGAUAUGGAGGAGAGCUGCACAGGAAGGUUGUGUGUGAAACCUCCCCCGGGACGUUAA